GCUCAUUUUACACCGAACAGUUCAAAAUUAGCAACUGCAUGGAAUACCAGAAUUUUCCUGGUUGGUCGGUUGAAAGUCCAACACUUCAAAUUUGAAACCAAACACCCGACGCAAACCGCCCGACCGCAUUUCGUCGCAACAAACCUCACACGCUUGCAUGCGUCGGUUCAACAUUUUAUUCUUACGUACAUAUCUCAGAGUCAAUGCAGACGGUCCUAGAUAAAUAACUUACGUGAGGUUAUACAACACAACGUUUUCUCCCUCACAACCGAAAGAAAGGAAACUAAUAAGUCUCUGUAAUUUCAGCAACCCAGGAACAAAUUGCUUCAAUGGCUUCCAAUGGGAAAUACGGCUCUCACCCUUACGCGCCCUCUGCGCCAUCCCUGCCCGAUUCCUACGGUCCCCAGCACUCCCAGUACUCCCAUGGUUACGGGCAGCCACAGCCGCAGCCGCAGCCACAGGGGUGGUCUUCUUCUUUUUCUUCAUAUGGGCAGUCGGGUUUUCCAGCGGGGACAGACCCGGCUGUGAUUAGAAGCUUUGAGAUGGUGGAUAGGGACAGGAGUGGAUACAUCGACGAGAACGAGCUGCAGCAAGCUCUGUCUUCUGGGUACCAGAGGUUUAGCCUCAGGACCAUUCGCCUGCUCAUUUUUCUCUUCAAAAGUCCCACGGAUUCUCUCAGAGUUGGGCCCAAGGAAUUUGCUGCGCUCUGGAUUUGUCUUGGACAAUGGCGAUCCAUAUUCGAGAGGUAUGACAAAGAUGGGAGUGGAAAGAUUGAUUCGAUGGAACUCAGAGAUGCACUCUACUACGGUCUAGGCCUUGCCAUGCCACCUUCUGUUCUUCAACUUUUGAUUUCCAAGUAUGAUGAUGGAAGUGGCCGCAGGGUUGAACUAAACUUUGACAGUUUCGUGGAAUGCGGGAUGAUUGUGAGGGGUUUGACCGAUAGGUUCAAAGAGAAAGAUCGGCGGUAUACUGGUUCAGCAAAUUUUGGUUACGACGAAUUUAUGUCUAUGGUCAUCCCAUUUCUUGUGUCGUACAAUUGAUUUAGCCUUCCUCUUUGCAAAAUGAGAGAGAAUUUUUGCUAGAGAUUGAAUUGGAACGGGCGCUCUACUUAUUUUCUUUACUCGUGUCGGACUAGGUAAAUGAAUGAGGAAGGAGGAGAGGAGAUGGAAACCUAGAUUAUUACUUUCUGCUUUUGAUCUCUGUUGUUGUAUUGGUAUGAUACAAGCAUACCUCUAUAUAUAUCGAGUUUCUCAUUGGACACCUCUUUCAAUGCAUGUAGAAAACUUACACACCAAAAUGGUAAAAAAAUCAAACUUCUACUAUUAAGCCAUACAUUUUUUA